AUGGCUGACAUCGUCAAGAACCUAUUUGGGGGCGGCAAGGCCCCUGCGAAGCAGCCAGCAGGCGGUGAUUCAGACUUCGCCGACUUUGCUUCCAAGGUCCCUGACCCAACUCCGGCGGCGGCUCCCCUCACCAGCGACAGCACCCCCACGCUAGGUGGCAGCCAGCCAACGGCAGUGCCCUGGACGAAAUGGUACAACAUUCAUGAAAGACACUCGCUGAGCGAGUUCAGAAAUGAAGGAAUCGUUCUGGCCUGCAUCUUUGUCGUUCUAGUUCUCCACCUCAUUGGCGCCAGUCUGAACCGGACGAAGGCUCGUAAAUGGAUGCGCGCGCAUGCCAAACCCCUCGCCUCCGAGUUCUCACUGGUUGGGUAUGCCGGUGUCCCGGCCAACAUUGGGGACAAAGAGGGCGACGAGCUCAUGGCCGCGCUCCAGACCCUGAACGAGUCCCGCGGCGAGAAGCUCCUCAGGGAAGCCUCCCUCUUUGAGUUCGCGACAUAUGCGACUGGCCGUCAAAAUGUGGCCUUCAUGGACGUCAAGAUGACCCUGCUCAAGCGCUUCAACCCGCUCAUCACCUUCCCCGAGAUGCUUCUGAGCUUCUUGAUCGACAGUAUUCCCACACCGGAGGACACUGUCGAGGCGACCAUCUACCCUUUCGACGGCAAGGAGAACUUGGUCGUGCCGGCAGUCCCGGGAAGCACCGAGCUGCGGACCAAGGACAACAAGAGCACCUAUGACAACUUUGUUUGGGCCCUUGUGAACAAAGACCGCAUGAAGGAGCUUCGCGAGGAUCGCUAUGACGUUUCCAUUACCUUCACCAAGGAUCACCCCAAGCUUCCUCCCUGGUUGAGCGUCAUGAGUGAGAGCGCCGAGAUCACCGAUGCCCUCCUAACACCUCAGCUCAUCGAGGUAGCCAAGCAGGCUGGUGAUCUCCUGGACUACAUCAUUGUUUCCGACCAACCUGUUGACAAGCCAACCACUGUCGCGCAAACUACUCCUCGCAAGCGAAUCAUCCUCAAGUACAGGCUACCUGGUAACAAUGAUUAUACCAACCUCGUGCCCAUCUUCCAGUACUUCAUUCGCCUGCCCGACCAUCUCACGCAGGUCGGUCACUUCCGCGCAGAGGUUAUGCGCAAGGUGAAGGUUGUUCGAGAUGAGACUAUUCGUCAGAUCCAAAAGGCUGGCGAGGAGGAAAAGGCCGAGGAGAGGGCAGCCGAGCGCGAGAAGGCGCGCAAAGCCAAGCGUGACGCAGAGCUCAACGCCCUGGAUGCCAAGGCCCAGAAGAAGUAUCUUGAGAAGGAGCGCGAGAAGCAGAUGCGCAAGUCGAGCAAGAGGAUGACUCAACGAGCGUAG